AUGGACUUGCCCGCGUUUUUGAAUCAAAAACCUCCCCCAGGCUAUAUUGCUGGUGUGGGUCGUGGUGCUACAGGUUUUACCACACGCUCUGAUAUUGGGUCUGGAAAAGUACCAGGAAGAGUUAGGGACGAUCGAGAAAAAACGAUUGAGGACGACGCCGAAAGCGACGAUGCUGCAGAGGACCGCAACUCCAGGAUAAGCUCUAAAACACAAUUUGAGAAUUCCAACGGGCUGUCUUUGGCGUCGAAAGGUCGCGGACAAUCCCAAAUUGAUGAAGAAGCAGAUCGAAUCUAUCAAGAAGUGGAUGCCCGAUUGUCGCGCAAUUCCACACGUAAAAAAGCGGCCAUAGAAAGCGCAGGAAAUACUAACACAGACACUAAGACUGCUUCACAAGCUUUCGUGGAUCUCAAACGGUCAUUGGCCACAGUCAGUGACGAACAAUGGUGGAAUCUACCAGAAGCCGGCGAUUUCACUAGACGGAACAAGCGGCAACGAGUCGAAUUGCAAAAUGAACGCAAAACAUACGCUGCGCCGGACACUUUGAUACGCGAUAAUAUUGACCUGACGAAACUCACGCAAGAGCGGGAAAAGCUUUUGGGUCGCCAACUUGACGAAUCGCUCAACGAUGUUAGUCAAGAAUCAAACCAUAACACCACCAAUGCUUUGCUCCAAGAGCUUGGCGACUCUAUCAAGACAGCAGAGGUCAAUACUGACUUGCAGGACAUUGCAAGACUUCGAGUAAUAUUAAAUUCGUACCGUAAAUCGGAUCCAUCCAAACCACAGGGCUGGAUUGCCUCUGCAAGAUUAGAGGAGAAAGCGAAAAAGUACCGACUUGCUAAGAGUCUAAUCGAAGAAGGAUGCGAAGCAUGUCCGCGAGACGAAGACAUUUGGCUUGAAAAUAUCAGACUUAACGCAACAGACCAGCACUACUGCAAGGUAUUAGUGGCAAGGGCCCUUACAAUCAACGACGAAAGUUUGAAAUUAUGGCAGAAGGCCGCAGAACUAGAAAAUGAAAAGAUUAAUAAAGUCAGAGUUGUUCGUAAAGCUCUUCAGAAUUUGCCUACCUCCUCAGAACUAUGGAAACUAGCAGUUGAAUAUGAAAGUGAUAGAAAGGAAGCCAUAAAAAUAUUGCAAAAGGCCACGGAACUGAUACCGAAUAACAUCGAACUACUUACUGCUCUGAUCAAUUUGCAAGAUCACUCUGACGCCAGGAAAUCGUUGAACUUUGCAAGACAGAAGAACCCAAGUGAACUUCAAAUUUGGAUUUUGGCCACGGAACUCGAGGAAAAAUCUGGCAAUGCCUCUUUCGAAAAGCUUGUAAAAAUUUUGAAAAAAGGAGCUCAAGAGCUGGCAAAGCAUGGAACCUCUGUGACGUUUGAACUGUGGUUUCAGCAGGCAACUCAAGUGGAGCUGCAGUUUUCGAAAAUCUACAUUACCACAAUUCGAGCUCUUGUGAAAAUUGCAAUCGACACCUGCUACGCAUCUGGCUCCGCUGCCAAAAUUGUUGCGUUUAUUAAUGAUAUUAGUCACAACGGCCUUGUAAAAUGCUUCGCCUACAGAUACGUGCUGGAGAGGGAACCUUUCAAAAUCAUUCUUUGGGACAAGUUCUUAGAAUUGGGUCGAGUCGCAGGCCUGAGCAGUGAAGUAUAUAACACUUUUGAAAAUGUGUUAUUUGGGAACCAAGGAAACGUGUUGCGAGAAAUCCCGGUUCUGGCACUAAAAUACUCUAAGGAAGUGUGGAAAGCGGACAAGGACGUUUCUCGAGCACUAGAGAUUAUUAGUCGGAGUUUAGAGCUCGAACCAUCAAAUAUCGAUUUUUGCCUUGCAAAGGUCAAGUUGCUGAUUGUCGAUUCGAAAUUUGAUAUUGUAGACCAACUAUUCAAGAAAGCUAUCGAUUCGUUGGAGUCUCAGACGGGAUACGAAAGAGUGUGUCAUCGUUACAUUGGAUUCCUAAGAUUUCAAAACAGGAAUCAGGAGGCUCUUGAGCUUUUGGAGAAAAGAUUUUUAGUCACUGACGCUGCGUGUGACAAGCUAUUCCUUCAAUGGGGCCAAAUUUACCAAGAUUUAAACCAGUUUGCAAAAGCACGCGAUAGUUACUAUGAAGGUACUCGGAAGUUUCCUCAAAGUGCGCGACUAUGGACUGCACUGGCACGAGCCGACAAGGAGCUACUUGGCCAGCCUGUCAAGGCCCGUUCAGAUUUCGAUGUCGCCUUGCUGAAAAUUUCUAAUGCCAAACCAGAGCAGGAGCUCUUGCUUGUGGCGCGAGUUCAGAUGGAACGAGAGCUCGGUAACGUUGAGCAAGCCAGACUUUUGGUGUCCCAAGGACUGAGAACUCACCCAAACAGUCCGUUACUGUGGGCUGAGAAUCUCAAAUUGCUGGCCAAAAAAUCGCAGCGCAAAACUGCGUACCAAGAUGCUCUGCAGCACACCGGGUCGCACCACGAAAUUCUAGUGGCAAUAGGUACUGGCUUGUUCAUCGAUACACAGUACUCCAAGGCUCUCAAAUGGUUCCAGAGGGCCGCGACAGCGGCCCCACUAUUCGGUGACGCUUGGAUAUGGUACGCCCGGUGUCUACAGCGAAUGAAUCACAGUACGGCUGAAGUUCUUGAACAAGUUGACCGACAUGAACCCAGAUACGGUGCGGAAUGGAUAGCAAUGGCCAAACAACCGGCUAAUCUGGCUUUAACGUCGUCCCAGUUACUAGUCAAGUGCAUGUCAUCGUACUCGUGA